GAGCGUGAAGAGAAGAAGGAUAUAGACCCUGAUCCUUCCUACAAACUUGUUCUAUCAAAAUUCCUGGUUCCUCUAUAAUCCAUGAAAGGUUCGUAAACAAAGGUCUGUUACAAUUUUCAUUGAAUCUUCAUCUCAGUCAUGGAUCUAAGCCAGGUACAAGAAAACUAUGCCAACCCCAAAACAUGCUUCUUCCACGUUCUCUUCAAGGCUUCAGCUUUGGCAUUUUACAUUCUUUCUACACUCUUUGCCAAUAGCUUCGUUAUCAUCUUCGUGAUCACCGUCGUGCUCGCUGCUCUCGAUUUUUGGGUCAUCAAGAACGUUAGCGGUCGUAUCUUAGUCGGGCUUAGGUGGUGGAAUGAAAUAAACGAGCAAGGUGAGAGCAUAUGGAGAUUUGAGUUCCUUGACCAAGAGUCAUUAGCUCGUAUUAACCAAAAGGAUUCCUGGCUAUUUUGGUGGACAUUGUAUCUUAAUGCUGUUGCUUGGGGCAUCUUUGGAAUAUUUUCAAUGGUAAGACUUGAAGUUGAUUAUCUCCUAGUUGUGGCAGUUUGUUUUAGCCUUGCUAUUGCCAACAUCAUCGGAUUUACCAAAUGCCGUAAAGAUGCCAGGAACAAGAUUCAAGCGUUUACGUCUAGGACCACUGCUUCUCGUUUUUCAUCUACACUACAGUCAGCAUUUAGCUUAGUGUGAGUUGGCUGAGCCUACAAAAUAUUCUAUCAAAUCUUAUUGCCCAGAUUUCUUAACUUAUAGGCAGUGAAAAGAAUGAUUUAAUAAUUUAUUUUCCUUUUAAUUCAUAAAA